CCGGGGCUGGCGGAGCCGGGCGCGGCGAGGCCCCGAGGGCGGCGGAGGGCUGUGCCCCAUGGCGCUGGCGGCGGCGCGAGCGCGGGUGCUGCGCACCCUCAGCCGCCCGGUCCCGCCGGGACGGGUCCCGGUCGCCGCCCGGCGCUGCUGCAGCGACGCGGGGGAUCCCGUUGCGCUGCCGCCCGGCGGGUACGGGGUCUGGCAGGACCGGGCGACCCGCGACCCCGCCGGUUUCUGGGCGGAGGUGGCGCGGGGGGCGCUGCGCUGGGACAGCCCCUUCCACACGGCCUGCCAGGCCGGCCCGGCUGCCGCCGCCGUCGCCGCCCGCUGGUUCCUCGGCGGCCGCCUCAACGUCUCGGUAAAUUGCUUGGAUCGACAUGUCGAAAAGUCUCCGAACAGAGUGGCUUUGAUUUGGGAGAGAGAUGAGCCUGGCACUGCAGUGCAUGUCACAUACAGGGAACUUCUGGAUCUGACUUGCCGUCUUGCCAACACCCUGAAGAAAUAUGGGAUACAGAAAGGGGACAAGGUGGCCAUCUAUAUGUCCGUGUCUCCCCUGUCUGUGGCAGCCAUGCUGGCUUGCGCCAGGAUUGGUGCCAUUCACACUGUGGUCUUCGCUGGAUUCAGCGCGGAGUCCUUAGCUGGGAGGAUCAUGGACUCUGGAUGCAAAGCAGUUAUCACCUACAACCAGGGCGUCAGGGGAGGCCGAAUCAUAGAGCUGAAGACGACUGUGGAUGAAGCUUUGAAGAGCUGUCCAAGCAUCAAACAUGUCUUUGUGGCUCAGAGGACAGAUAACAAAGUCCGGAUGGGUGACCGUGAUAUUCCCCUGGAGGAGGAGAUGGCCAAGGCAGCUUCUAUAUGCACUCCAGAGAGCAUGGACAGCGAAGACGUGCUUUUCAUGCUGUAUACCUCGGGCAGCACUGGGAAACCCAAAGGAAUCGUUCACACCCACGCUGGAUACCUGCUGUAUGCUGCUAUCACGCACAAGUAUGUAUUUGACUACCAGCAAGGCGAUGUUUUCGGCUGUGUGGCUGACAUUGGCUGGAUCACGGGACAUAGCUAUGUUGUGUAUGGACCACUCUGCAAUGGAGCCACCUCUGUCCUGUUUGAAAGCACUCCAGUGUACCCUGACCCAGGUCGUUACUGGGAAAUGGUACAAAGGUUGAAAAUUAAUCAGUUUUAUGGAGCACCUACAGCUAUACGCUUGCUGCUGAAUUAUGGAGAAGAGUGGGUGAAGAAAUACGACAGAUCUUCCUUGAAGACCUUGGGAUCAGUGGGAGAGCCCAUCAACAACGAAGCUUGGCAGUGGUUCUACCAGGUGGUGGGAGAAGGACGUUGCACCCUCGUGGAUACGUGGUGGCAGACAGAAACUGGUGGGAUCUGCAUUGCCCCACGGCCUUCAGAGGAGAAAGCUGAGAUCGUUCCGGCUAUGGCUAUGAGACCUUUCUUUGGGAUUGUGCCCGUGCUGAUGGAUGAGAAUGGAAAGGUUAUAGAGGGCAAUGAUGUAUCCGGUGCGCUCUGCAUUGCCCAGCCAUGGCCUGGCAUGGCAAGAACAAUCCACGGAGAUCACCAGCGAUUUGUUGAUGCCUAUUUCAAAGCCUACCCAGGUUACUACUUCACAGGGGAUGGUGCUUACAGGACCAAGAAAGGCUAUUACCAGAUAACGGGGCGCAUGGAUGAUGUGAUUAACAUCAGUGGACACAGGCUCGGGACCGCAGAGAUAGAAGAUGCAAUGGCUGAUCACCCUGAGGUCCCCGAGACAGCUGUGAUUGGGUAUCCACACAAGAUCAAAGGAGAAGGUGCCUUUGCUUUCAUAGUGUUGAAGGAGCAGACAACUCAUACAGACCGUGUCAAAGAAGAGCUCAAAACCAUAGUGGCUUCUAAGAUAGCAAAAUAUGCUGUGCCUGACCACAUUCUGGUGGUGAAACGCCUUCCUAAAACCCGAUCAGGGAAGAUCAUGAGAAGGCUGCUGAGGAAAGUAGUCACUGAACAAUCAAGCAACAUGGGAGAUGUCACCACACUUGAUGAUCCAAGUGUUGUUAAGGAGAUACUGGAUGCUUACCAGAAAUACAAGGAGAAGAAUUCCUCAUAGCAGGCAGCUCUGGAAUCUCUCUCUGGAAAUGUGGAAGGUCUCAAAUAACCAGGCAAAUGACAUAGUUCUCUCUUGGUGUUUUUUUAAAAACUGUUCCUUUCUAGGGGAAAAAGAUUUUCUGCUCCACAAGGUAUUUUGAGAUGCACAGAGCUAGGAGCAAUCUGCAGUUUUGCAGAGUCACUGAGCUCCCUUUCAUUGCCUUUACAGCUGUUUUAGAGCAGCUAUUGGUGGUUUCCAUUAGCUAUGAUGAAAUUUAAUACUAGCUGAUGCAAGGUGCAGAUGUUAACAUUUCUCAUUUUAAUGUUACUGUACAGGGAAAUGUUUUUAUACAAUAGUUUUGCAGUUUUAAAAGAAGCCCUGGAAUACACUUCUGCAAUUUUUUUUGCUGUAUUUCACUGCAACUGUGGUGCCUUUUCAGCAAUGCUGGGUAUUCUAGUAGAUGUUUCUCAUGUGUCAUUAGCGAAAUGAGAAGGACAUAACUAGUCUGAUAAUUCUUGUGUUUACCCAGUUUUUCUAAUACCUCCUUCAGCUUUCCUCAUAAGGAUUUGUUCCUACCGCUAUAUGUCCUGGGACUUGCCAGAGAUGGUGAGCCUGUGUCCCUUCAUGUCCCACCUAGGCAACCCAGCACCAGCACUUCCAGCUGUAAAACUGAGCCACAAAGCCUACCACUGGGCUUCCUACAUAUCCUCAAUGCAUUGCUGGUUGCAUAGGAGGGGUCUGAUCCCACGUGUUUUUAUUCUGCCUUGAGAAACUGAGAUCACCAGCUGGGUUUUUAAAGUAACUGUCCUCUUUCUCAUCGAUGAUGACAACUAGAUCAAUGUUGUUCAUUGUGGUUCACUUCUGCUUAUUAGGAGUGGUAGUCUACAACUGGUAGAUCUUUGUUGAUUUGUGUAGGUGCCUUUGUUUCUUGAAGUCACUAUGAAAAGGGAUGAUGUUUGCUUGCUGUCCAUCAGAGAAAUAUUGGGAAACAAAAUCCUGAAGUGCUCAAGAGAGAUUUGAAGCUGAGAGAGAUGUGCUGGAGGGUUCAUUGUGACUUGCCAGGCUGUGUGAUUUCUGACCAAGGAAUGGUUAUUUUAGCCCACUCCCAAAUGCCCUGUAAUCUUGUUUCCUUCAGCAAAGAGAGACACCCAGUUUGUAGGUAGGUUCUCCUGUCAGAACUUACGACUUAACGCUUAUCAUUUCAAGUUGGGCCCUACCACGUCUGCCCCUUCCACGCGCUGCCAUGCUGAUCUUCCAAAGAGUUAAGUGCCAGGUGGGUACCCGCAAAUUGCACAAUCCUUAAAGAAGGAGGAAGUGCCUCUUAGAUGCCUUCUGGAAAGCAGUGGUAGCAUUCCAGACCAGCAACCUCAGAACAACAGGGAACAAUAGUCUUUGUCUUUUAUAUGCUUUCAAAAUUGCAACUAAUAUAUUCAGUGUUUUAUUUCUGGACUUGUCUUUUCAUGAAUGCAUUUUGAUUGAAGCACUCCUUAUAUUUGGGUUGUUCAGAAGAAUUUGCUAGUAGGUCUCCUGUCCUCUGCUGUGCCACUGAAUAUCAUGGAAAAGCUCAUAGGUGCCGAAUGCCUUUGAGACUUCUGCCACUGCUAAAUUUGGUUUAAGCUGGCUGAGGGGCUCAGAGUAUUUGGAGGUGCCACAGAGCCUGCCAGGAAGGCAUAGUAGAGGACCCUUCCCCUCUCCCUGUGUGCAGAAGCUCAAGGUACACGCCAGUGUAGCGUGCAAGUGUGCGCAGUGCUGAUCCUGGGAGCAUGUGCUGCAAGGGCUCAGGCAGAGCUUCUCCAUCUUAACCUGCCUAAGCCAAGUGACUGCUAACCACCAUUGCUGCGCUGUGGCUGGGGUCACUCCAUCAAACCUUGCAGUCCUGCCUCAGUCUUUCUUGGAUGACUACUUAGUUUCACAGAGCUGUGUGUUUUGGCCUGCCAAACCCUUGAGUAAUUGGCAGAUUCACCAGUUUUUGCCCUAGUUUUACAGGGUCGACUUAUUGCUGAAUUUAACUGGAGCAGCACUGCCUUUUCCAGUGGGACUGUGUACUGGAAAGACAAUCUGUGCACCCAACUGGAGGCAGGAAAGGCAGGAAGGGAGCAUCUAGGUGAUCCUGUAGGACUGGGAGAGGCAUGGUGAGUUUUUUGGCCAGCAGAGAUUGUGGUACCAAAUGGAGAAGCAGGCUGCUCGCAGUACAAUGUGUUCUCAAGGACAGGUGUGUUGUCUUAGAUCUCAGAGUUCCUCUGAGAAUGAUAGCUGCAUUUGCUGGGUUGUUUUUUUUGCUGUUUUUUUUUUUUUUUUAAUGUCUUUAGGGACUGAAUAAUACAGUAGGGAAUAUCAUGCUUUCUUAAAAUUCCCAUCCUUCUGACUGCAAUCCAUUUGUGCUUAAGGUGAGUAGAUACCCUGUGGACUUUUGGGGAGGUCGAAGAUCAGAAGGUUUGAUAGAGUUGACAGAAUGUUAAUAUUUUAGGAGACAGCCACUACGUAUCUCCUUUAUUGCCAUUGUAAAGGGGAAAAAACCCCAUGCUUCCUUAAGUAAUUUUCAAAUGGGAAGCAGCCAGGAGUUAAUGCUUUUGACAGAAAAAGUAGACUCCCUUGUUUAAACAAGGUGUCUCCAUGCAGUCUGAAAUACAGCGUGGAGGAAGAAAAAUUACUUUUGAACAAGAUUACACACUUUCCUUUUAGUCAAGAAAGCAUUUCCUGUAUUAUGGAUAUAGAAUUUCCUUGUCCUGUUGACCUGAAAUUUCCAUGCUAAGGUGUGACCCAGUGGUCACAGACGCAUGGUCUAAAUCAUCGGAACUGCCUUGUGAAGAUUAGCUAUGUGAGGAGCAACGUGAUUUGGUGCGUUGAGACAUUCAUCACACAGUUCCUCUGCUUAGGGAAAAGGGGGAGAUAGGCGUGCUUCCUCACCUGCAUCCCUAUUGUCUCAGCUGGCAUGGGCUUAGGGACCACCACUGCUAGGAGGUUACAGACUGAGCAGGUAGCUGCAGCACCCCAGUAAAUUCACAGCCAUGCGAGCUAUGGUGUGGACAGACUGUAGUUACAAACAAGCCUCAUGCCGUGAACUUCUGAAGCCUUACAAGCACCUUUGCUAAAAUCACGUCACCAGUGUGUGCAAGAUUAGAGUGCCACACACCUGCCAUCCAGUACCACCAUGGCCACUCCGUUUCUUCCUUGCCCGUUUCCACAGCAGAGCCGCAGUCCUUGGGGUGUCCAUCUGCUCAGAGGCCCUCUCAGGGUGUUCAAAGAGAGUGCAUGGUGCCAUGCUGCCCACAUGGUGUUCUGCAGCGGACACAGCUCUUGCUAGGCAGCCUCAGCCCCCACCUCUCUUUGUAAAACUGCACUUCUGGAAGUAUAGCAACAUCAGCUCUUGGAGCUAACGCCCUGUGCUCAGUUCAUAUAAUAGCACCCUGAGGCUGGUAGAAACAGUUAGGCAGGGCUUGGAACUGGCACUUCUUACAAAAAGAAGAAUAGUGUACUUCACUGGGUAGGCUACUCAUUUAGCUUUAGCUUUUUUUUUUUUCCUUUUUUUUUUUUUUACUCAUUUAGGUUUUAGCUUUGCCAAACAUGAAAUUUUCCAGGCAGAGAAGUCCCCCUUUUUUCUUUUCCCCCAUGAUCUCUGCUAAUUGCAGCGGUUGCAUCUUCAGUGCAAGCCUGAGUUGAGCUUUGCAUUUUCAUUAUUCCCUGGACAUCAUGAACAUCAGCACUGGUGCGUUGCAACCAUGCUUUCUGCUUCACAUGCAGCUGUCUUCCCCCCCCCUCCCCAAGCUUGGGCAGGUUCUGCCUGCAGAACUGGCACUGAUGUUCUCAGUUCUUGAAAUCCUAGGAAGGACGUAGCUUGCGAGAGACCCUAGGCCUGCAGUGUUUAAGAGCUGAUCUUCACUAAUCAGUGAAGGAGGUAAUAAUACAUGGAAUAUUUUACAGUGGGAUCGUGAGACAAACUUGGGAGUAAUUGCUUCAUUUAGAAAAAAACUGUUGGGACUCUUCUAAACCUUUGUGUGUCCGUGAAUAACGUGUGGGUGGUUUCCCAGAUUGCCUUUGUAGCUUCAUCAAAAGAGAUCCAGAGUCAGUUUUACCUGUUGCAGUUUGUUGCAAGGGGUAAAUGUGCUUGCUUAUUUUCCCAUUUGGUUUUGCCAGUGAGACCCAGUCAUGGUGCCUUUUCCCCCUCUGGAGGCACAGACCAUGAUUUUCUUAAUUUUAGAAAGGGAAAGUCCCUCUUUCUAGAGAUGAGGUGUGUUGUACAGUCUAAUAUGAAGCCUUUAAUUUCCUUUUGUUUUCUUGCAAUCAUGCUUUAAAUACAUUUAUUGUCCUUGACCAAAACCAGUUUCUUCAAUGAUCCCUGUAUUCAUAUAUUCAUUAAAGGAAAUAUCUUUCUCUGUGUGAUGGGUUGGCUUUGCAUCAUAGGUGUCCAUCCCUCUGUCCCCUAAAGGGUCUGGGACUUUUUCAGUUCUUCUUGCUGUCCUGAUUAUUUUAGUCUGCCAGCACAGACCAAAGAAAGGCAAAGGAGUUUGAGAUCAGGAUGAAUCAUCUUGUAGUCCAAAUUGCUGUUUUGCUUUGCUGCUUUUCUCUAAACAGUGGCUCACAGGAAAUGAGUUACUGCCAGAAAACUGCCACUGAAAAACAACUCAAAAAGUUGAAGAACUAGUGUUUGCAUGUCACUAAGCUGCAUGUCUUGUGUGAAUCCCAAGGUCUCAGUACUCUACACUCAUUUUCCUGUGUGAUGCAAACAGAACAAUUAGUGGGAAUAAUUAAUUACCAUUAGUUGGUAUGGAUGGUUCAGCUACUACUCUCCUUGUCUACUACAAGGACAUCUACAGCGUGCACAAGCAGAAAAGGAGUGAAAAAGGGAUGUGUGUGGGGAACAUGAGAGACAGCAUUGUGUAGAAGGUAUGUAGCUGUCCCAGAGCCGAGCAGAUGAGAGACGAAAUUUGUCUCCAGGUGCCAUAGAUGGUUUGCAAGUGCCAGGAACACAUCCACUACAGGGUGCCUUGUCCAUUAAGAAGUGAGGAAGACUCUGUUUCACCUGCAGCAGUGUACCACAUGGAUAAUGCUAUAGAUGGAAUGCAGGGAUGGACGCUGAACAUCCUCAUUAGCUACUUCUCCUGGUUUGUCCGGCAGCUGCUUCUGGAAAGCUUCCAGUGCCACUCUUAGCUCUUGCAACCCUCUGGCAAGUGUGCCAGACAAGGCAGAGAAAGGGAUAGAUAGAAAGGCAAGUGCCCCUCUCCUUGCUUUGUGUUUAGCUACUGCAGCUGCCCUGAUCUAUUUACUGAGAAUUUAUUGGUAAAAUGGCAGACUGUUUUCCAGCCUAACACAAUUAUAUUCAGGGGCUGCCACUGUGGCCAGUUAAAGCCACAGAAACUGAUUUCAGCAAUAAGUUUCUGUUUUUAAACUAAGCAGGAACAGAUGAUUCUUUUUUCAGCUUGAAAACAAACAAAUCUGGACAGGGAAUUGUCUUCUGGCUGAGUCUAGAGGCACAGCAUGUUUUUUAUGGCAGUGAGCCUAGCCCUGCUUUGUCCUUGAUAGAGGGAUUCAGGGGCGUAACCACCUUUUGGGGUGGAAAUGGUCAUGGGUAUGAAAAGUUACCAGCCUACAAACAUUGGUAAUGAAUGAUCUGCCACAGCAGCUUUUUCACUCUUGCUUCUGUUCCUCCAUGGCUGAUCUGUAUCUGCCUGGACUCCUGCCUGCAGCAACAAAGUUUACUUUGGCUUUUCAGUCUGUUGAGGCUGGGAGUGGAAACCCAGUGCUUUUUAGCACUCACCUUGCACCUGGCAUGCAGAAGACUCAAAUUUCUUUUUCUACCUAUUGUACCUUGGGGAUGCUAUUUUACUCCUCUGUGCCUCAGCCCUCUGCACCCCCAGGAACACAGUAGCCUCACUGCAGUUACGAGGAAAGGUUGUCGAAUACUACUCACAGGGUCCUGGGGUGAGAUGGUUGUUCAGGAAAGCGUGUGCCUUUAGGGAACAGUGCUGGUAAGCUCUCUUGCAGCUGCUGGGCCUGUUGCCUGAAUUCAACCCAGAGAGAAAAGGCACCCCCAACCCCCUGCUUUCCUGGCCACAGCCCCUCUCUGUGGAAAACACACACAUUCUGUUAGUAGACAUGAUCUGAAAUAGCUUUUCCCAUUCCUUGGCACUGGCACCCAGGGUUCUUCCUGUCACGCUGCUGCUCCUGAGCAAGGCAAAGAAGCCAGAAAAGUCUCAGCAUACUGGAUUACCCAAAAGACCAAGAGAGGAGCAAAGGUGACGUUCUGAGAGCCUGCGGGCUGACAAAGAUGGGGGGCACAGGUGUCCCCUCACACCCGGGUUAAGUCACCCCAUGGGCACAGGAGUUGAAGGGCCCGGCAGUUCCGCCAGCUCACACCCCCGCAACCGGCUCCGAAAACCAGCGACGGAUUUGCCUUCCGCAUCCCAGAGCCCCCCGGCGCUCCUCUGCCUCCCCGUCCCACCGGAGACCCUUUCCCCCGCCCCUCCGGGGGAAUUCACCCCCUCCCUCCCUGGCGGUUUCCUGGCGCCAUCUUGCGGGCCCUGGAGCUGGGGCUCGCCGUACACAGGCUGCGCCCGGGGAGGGACAGCUGCAGCACCGGCCCUGCCCACGAGAGCCCCAGGCCGCGCAGGAGGCAGCGGCGGAGGUCGCCGAAAUCCCCGUAGCGUAGCUAUUAGCACGUACUACCUGCCGACAAAGAUGGACCCAACGACAGGCGCGGAACGAGGGCGCCCUUUACCUCACGCCCGUCGCAGCGCAGGGGCGGCUCCCACCUGAGGGCGGGGCGGGAGCGUCGCCGGGACCAGUG